UGUCCACUUGUUUCUCGAUAAGUGCUAGCAAACAUUUCCUCAUCUGGCAGAUGAGUUCUGAACCCAGAUUUUGAAUGUGGAUUGUGGACUUCUGAGUCGUCAUCCUAGCCUCAAGUCAUCUACACUCUGGCGCUCUAUAUGAGAUGGACUGACGCCUUUGCUGGUCAACUUGAGUAGGCCUUAAUAAAAGGACAAGUUGAUACAGAAUAAUGACAUUGCUCUAUUGCUUCAAGCUCGUUUGUUGAUACAGAAUAAGGGCACCUACUGCCACCCCAAGAGUCUCCAAAUAGCUGCUUCUCCCCCUUUUGGAAAAGUUACCACACUCAUUUGUUCUUCACUAACCCCUCAGAGCAAUAUGGCUCCUGCCGGUCCACUGGUGUUCGCAGGGAAAUCGGUGGCAAGUUCUGUCAUCAAGGAGGUUGUCACCAAGGCCUUCAAGUACCUCCAUGGAUACUUCAGUGCUGAAAAUAUGGAGGAGAUGAAGAACAAGAUAGAGGAACGGAUGCCGCAGAUCCAAGCGGUGCUUGAUGUUGUCAGCCCAGAUCACAUCAAAGACCAAAGUGAAGCACUGGAUCGGUGGUUCUGGAAGCUAAGGGAUGCCGUUGAGGAAGCUGAGGAUGCUAUUGAUGAGCUCGAGUACUAUGAGCUUGAAGAGAAGGCCAAGGAUCGCAAGGUUAGUGACUGGGGUUCCCCAUUUACUAAGGUGAAGCAUAAAGUUGUCAAAUCCAUAAAGUCUGUAAGCGUCGUGGAUAACACCUUGAAACAAUUUACUCACGGUGACUCACUUAAGAGACUGAAAAAGGCUAUGGAGGGUUUGGAUAAGGCAUCUGCAAGUACAAUGAACUUUCUGGAAGUUGUAACAUGCCUCAAGGGAGCUACUUCUGGCAGUCCAAAGCAGGAAGAUUUAAUGAACAAUGACCGCCAGACAGGUUCAACAUCCGCUGUAAUGAAACUUUUUGGGAGAGAAAAAGAGAAGAAAUGUAUACUUGAAUGGCUGACCAAGGAGACAUCAGUUGAAGAAGAUGAAAUUGUGAUGAGCGCUAAGCAUAUUCCCAUCCUUUCUCUAGUUGGUCAUGGAGGUAUGGGGAAGACUACUUUGGUUCAGAGCAUAUAUGAAGAAGGCGAUGUUGUUAAGGAUUUUGAAAUAAUAUGGGUUACUGUAUCUACUAACUUUGAUGCAACAUCAGUGACAAGGAAAAUACUAGAGUCUUUAAACAGGAAAACACCUAAGGCUGGUAGUUUGGAAGCGCUACAGCAACUUCUAAAAGAUAAUCUGAAGUCCCGUAAAUUUUUACUUACUUUGGAUGAUGUGUGGGAAGAAGAGAAAAGAAAUGAGUGGGAAAAGCUAUUUGCAGCUCUGAGAACAGGGAAGAGUGGGAGCAAAAUUCUAUUGACAACCAGAAUGGCAUCAGUUGCAGCUGUGGCUGCGUACGUUAUGGGAGUUGGAAGAGAGUGCUUGACACUAGAAGGACUUCAAGAAGAUGAAAACUUUGAUCUUUUUCAUCACUGUGUGUUUGCUGGACUGAACUCACAAAGUUACGGGCACUUGAAAUUGACUGGAGAGCAAAUUGCAAGGAAACUAGGAGGAUGUCCCUUGGUAACGAAGGUUGUCGGUGGGCAUUUGAGAGGAAAUAUGACUAUUGAGUUCUGGGAUAGAUUCUUACAUGUCGGUUUACAAGAUUUUAAAGGAAAUGCUGAUGAUGUCAUGAAAGUGCUCAGACUAAGUUACUACAACUUACCAAUGGAGCUUCAAAUUUGCUUCCGAUACUGCAGCAUAUUUCCACAUGGCUAUAAGUUCACAAAGAAAGAAUUAGUGCUAAUGUGGAUAGGUUCAGGGUUGAUCUCGACUGCUGGAAAUGAAAGGAGAAGGCUGGAGGACAUUGGAGAAUAUUGCUUGUUUCAACUGAGUAGAAAAUCAUUGUUUGAUCAGAAAUGUAGAAUAGAUAGAACUUCACUUAUUAAUCCUAGAAUAGAAGAAUAUUAUGUCAUGCAUGACUUGAUGCAUGAAUUGGCAGAGUAUGUGUCUUCUGGUGAAUGCAAAAGAAUAACUUCUCUUGCCAGGAUUGAAGAUGUAAAGGAUACAGUUCGGCACUUGUGGAUAGAUAAAAUUAACAGUUCAUAUGUUGAGGAGGUCAAGAAAGUUGCAAAUUUUAAGAAUCUGCGCACACUGAUCAUCGGAGAGGAUAUUUUUCUGUCUGUCUACCAAGAUAUGAAAUGCGCAAUUAGCAGUGCUAUCCAGAAUUCAAGAGCAUUGCGGCUACUACACCUAAAAUGUUUUGAUCGAUUUGAUUUUCCUAGGAUGGCAGGUAACUUAAAACACCUGCGCUACAUCUCCCUCAGUCAAAUAUCACUAGAGAGCAUACAUGGGGUUUUGAAGCUUUAUCACUUGGUGGUACUUCGUGGUUACUGUGAUUUGCAGUUAAAUAUAAAUCAUGUGAGAGAUUUGGCAAACCUAGAUGGGCUGCGAUAUUUAUACUUCAGUGCAGGUGGACUUAAUGAGGUCCCCGUGAACAGACUCACUUCUCUACAAGAGCUGAAUAAGUACAAGGUACAAGGAAGUGAUGGCAAUAAAAUAAGUGCCAUUGGGAACUUAAGGGAUCUGCGUGAACUAAAUGUGCAAGGACUUGAGAACAUUGAUAACAAUGUGGCUGAGAAAGCAAAGUUGAAGGAAAAAGAAUAUCUCUUUUCAUUAUCUCUGGGGUGGUCAGCAUCUAAUGGAACACAAAACAGGAAAGAUGAUUUGGUGCUUGAUCAGCUUGAACCAAAUGCUAACAUCAGCAAAUUGUGUAUUGAUGGAUAUGAGGGUCUCAGAACCCCGUUUUGGCUAGAAAACCUUUCUACCAAAAAGUUAGUAUCACUCACAUUGAGAAAUUGCAUAAAUUUGGAACAUCUCCCCUCUCUCAUAGAGUUAGUACUGCUAAAACAUCUUAAACUGUAUUGUCUUCCUAAGCUACAGCAGAUUGGUCAGUAUUCUCAUAUGUUCAGUAGCAGUUGCAUGGAGUUCUUUUUACCCACAAGUCUUGAUACGCUAGUGGUAACAGGAUGCCGAGGACUAAAGAGAUUACCUAUUCUACCUCCUAGCUUGGCAUAUCUGUACAUAGGGGGUGUUGGGCUAACCAAACUCCCGAUGAUAGGCAAGCUAUGCAAUGACAGCACUCAGACCAUGUCAUCCAAGUGGUUGGACAUCAGUAUCGUAAAUUGCCCAUGUUUAACAUCCCUUGAAAACAGCCUUUUAGAUCAAAAGCAGCACUUGAGGGCGUUUCGUGACGUAAACAUCAGCAACUGCGUACAUGUGGAGACUGUGCCUUUAACAUUUGAACAAAUGAACGGACUUAGAAAACUCUGUAUCGAAGAUUGUCCAAAGUUGAGGAUGCCGAGAGACGCCAGAAACAAGCUCUUGCCAUCAUCACUUGGGUGUCUGCAUAUGUGUGAUUCUGGGGAUCUGGAACUUCCGAUACUUGGGUCAAUGCAACAACUCACCAAUCUGUCUUUCAUGGACCUUAGGUUUUGCUCAAACUUGGUAUCCCUACCCUCAGUAGACGUGUUUCAGAGUCUCAAGUCACUCAGAUCCAUUAGGAUAUGCAGGUGUGAGAAUUUGUCAUCUUUGGGUGGGCUUGGAUCCGCUCCGUCCCUGUCCUGGUUACGUAUCAUCGGCUGUAGUUGCCUUGCAGAGGCUAGGUCAUCUGCAAUGCCAGGUGCAUCUGCUUCCGAAGAUGACAGUCUGGUUGUUAGCAGAAACUCCCUGCAAAUCGACAGACUUGAAAUUGAUGUCCCCUCUUUGCUGCUUGUGGAGCCUCUUAAGAGUCUAUGCCAGACCCAAAAACUAUAUAUUGAAGAUGCAUCAAAGACGGAGAGGUUACCUGAGCAAUGGCUGCUGCAGAACCACUCAUCCAUCCAAUACCUAAUGAUUCACAAAGCCGAGUCCUUGGAGUCGCUCCCACUGAGCAUGCAAGAUCUGUCCUCUCUUGAGCAAUUAAACCUAUUUGGUGCAGGACAACUCCGUUCACUUCCAAAUUUCCCCUCCUCCCUUCAAUACCUUGGUAUCGAUGAAUGUGAUUCAGAGCUGGAGGAAAAAAGUAGAGAGAAUGGAAACCCUGAAUGGAACAAGAUUUCCCACAUCCCCCGAGUGCGAAUAGGAAAUUCAUACUUCAUCUUAGGCAAGGAAUGCAGCAAGAAAACUUACAAAACACUACGGUAUAAGGACUACAAUGCACUUGUUUCCUGGGUGAACCAACCAGAAGACGAUGGAAAUGGAGUCGAGUCAGUGUUGCACUGGUGGCAGAAACCACGCUGUCUGGGAAGAAUUACUUCAUAGCCUAAUUUUGCAUGAUGGAACAAAUGUUUGGGAAAAUGCUUCAGCACUCUGAAAUUUAAUUAAUAAACAAUCCUAAUCUUGCGUUCUCAGGGUAGUGUAUAUGGGCCAUUGAACUGUAAUUAAUAAACAAGCCUAUGACAUGAUGCAGUCAUUCUGAGUUAUGGCUAAUGGAACUAAGGAAGAGUAUAUCCAAGCCUGCUUACUUUGUUGUGGAUUGGUAACACGGGAUCUUAUUUUGCUUCUGACA